AUGAUGAUGAUGACUGGCCGUGUGCUGCUGGUGUGUGCCCUCUGCAUGCUGUGGUGCGGUGCCUGCAGUGGUGGACGAGCUGAAACGACUUCUCCAGUUCCUUCGGGUUCUUCGCCCGACGAGAUCACUAAAAACGAGAAAGGGGCCAUCGGUGGCGCUGGAGGUGGCGUGAAAAACGGUAAACAGGAAGCACCACAAGCAUCACCAUCAAAAGCGUCAGGAUCACAGGGAGCGGCACCGGACCCGUCACAGACACCACCCGGAGGAGAAGCAUCAGGAACGCCAAGUGCAGACGCAGGAACGGACAACAAGGAUCAAGAAACUGAAGGUGAAAAGAAAGAUGACGAAGACGAAGAGGAGGAAGAAGUGGAAGAAGACGAAGAGUAUGAAGACGAAGAGAGAGAGGAAAAGGAAGAGGAUGGUACGAAAGGAACGGAGAAGACAAUGAAAGGAGCCGAUACCGGCACCGCAGAGGGGAUCUCAGCAGGCGGUCAAAAGCAGCCAAGUUUAUCUUCUGCUGCGGCAACAGCAUCGAAUAUAACAAACCCCAACAGCACCCAAACAACUGGAGACAGUGAUCCAGCAGCUGAUGCCGCAGGGACAGCAGAAGAAAAACAAAAUGAAAAUAAAGAUGCCAAUCCGAAAGAAACACCA